AUGAACUUAGGAAUGCUUGGAAGAGCAAGAUUUCGUCAAAGUUCCCCAGCUUUUGAUAAAAUCUUCGAUAAAGAAGGCCUCACUCUUGAAGCAGUAAUGGACUAUGGCGAUGAUGCUGCAGCUGAGCUUAGGUUAUCAAAUAAAAAAUUUCUGGAUUUCCUUGAUAACGCAAAACUGGAAGUUCUAAUAAAUUAUCUUAUUGCUGAGCCUCCUGAAUAUCUCGAUUCUAAACUUAGAUUUAAAUACCCUUUUGUGGCUUGUGAGUUUUUAGCUUGCAGCUCUCAAGAAAUCAACAACAGAAUAAUUAAAGGAAAUGCGCUUUUAGAAAAGCUUUAUAGCUAUUUAAAUAGCCAAGAGUGCCUUAAUAUCACUUCAUUAGGCUAUUUAAGUAAAGUUAUGCAGUCUCUAUUAUCAACUUCGGCUUAUGAAGUUCUGAGGUUUUUACAUGAUGAAAAUCGUAUAGACUUGAUAAUUAGGCAUUUUUACAGCAAAAGUUUGGCAGAUCUUAUAGGAAGACUUUUAUUGUGUUUUAUAUAAUUCCCACAUUUUGGAAAAGAAUAAGAAAACGAUUAUUAUCCCUAUGCUUAAUUUAUCCUUUUAGAAGAGGAAUAUGGAAAUCCUGAAUUUCAAGAUGCACUUUUCGAUUUAAUUGAAAAAGUUGUCUAUUGCAUUUCUUCUGAAAAUACAAUAGAAACUGUUUACAACGCAAGUAGCUUGCUCAUUGAAAUCGUAUCAAAAAAGGCACAAAUAAAAAACUGGGGAUAUAUUUUUGGGUAUUUAUUAGGCGAUGAGUGCAUUGAACAUAUUUUUAAGCAGGUUUUUGAAGGAAAUCCCAUAGUGAAAAAAGAAGCAUCAAGGCUUUUAUGCUGCUUAUUUAAUAAUGUGGAUAUGCCUGAUCCUGAUAAUAGUGAUGAUGAUAAUAAAAUUAUUGAUGAAGAGGAUCAAAAAAUUAUAUACCUAUUUAUAUAGAAAUUCAUAAAAAAAAUAAACUAUUUUAAUAAAAAAUAGAUUAUUUAAACAAAAGAGAUUUGAAUUAUAACCCAUAAAUUUGUAUAUCUGAAAUGGUUAAAUAUAUGGAACAGAUUGAAAACAUACUAAAAAAUGAUGAAGGAACUAUCAGAACUUCAUUUAAUGAAGAAAUACCAAUUUUAGGUGAAGGUAAAAUCAGAAUGAUUGAAAUUUUGGCUUCAGCCAUCAAAAUUCCUUCUCAAAGAUUCAACACUCUUCUUGCAGAUUCCCAAAUUCUCAAAAUUUCUACAGUAACUAUAAUUUAGGAUUUAAUGUUCCAAAACUAUUGGAAUUCAUUUCUCCACAAUGCUUAUUAUAAGCUUAUCAGCUCAAUUUUUGAAACUAAAUCAGACGCCUUGAAACUCUCAGUAAUUUAUAUUCAGCUACUAUCGCAAGCUGAGCUUCCACAGAGACUUUAUGAACUAAUGCAAUCUCAGAUUAUUCCAAACCAAAAAAUUGAUAUCAGAAAAGGCCAUUUAGGCUAUGCCACAAAAAUAGGAAAUUUAAUAAUCGAAAAUUCGUCAUAUCCUACAAUUGAUAAUUUAUUAGGUGAAUCAAAUGAGUGGAAAAUGUUUGUAAGCAGCUUUUUGAUUCCACAAAAUAGGCUGGAUUGUAUAGAGCUAGGAGGAAAACCGGCUGGAACGAGGUCAAGGCUGGGAAGUGAGCAAGAUUAUGAUUUACCGGAAAGUACGAUUCAGCAGCAAGAAGAGGAAAAGAAAGAAGAGGAAAGAAAAGAAAAUAGUGAAGAAAUUUGUGAACCUGAAGUGGAAAAUAAAGUGGAAGAAAUACAGAAAAUAGGAGAGGAUGAAUAUAGUGAAUAUAAUUAUUGGAAACCUCCGGUUAAUAUUAGUGAGCUUGAAGAGUUUUAA